UGCACAACACACAUUUGCAUCCAUGAGCAGGCGCACGAUUGAAAAGACAAAAUAACGGCAUCUACGAACUCGCCAUAAACGUGAUUUCAUUUUGCAAUAUAUAAAGUUACACUUUGCAUUAAAAUUUUAAAGUGCUUGUUUUUUUUUUUAACCAAUAAAAAUAAUUAAAUUAUUAAAAUGUCGACUAGUGCAAAGCAAAUGCUCGAAGCAGAAGUGAUCAAAGAAGAAAAUGGCGCUGGCGCUUUAGAACCAAAGCAAUCACCAAAGGAGCAACGCAAAAGCAAGCGAAAACAUUACCUUUCAAUGGAUAAUGAAGGUGCUGACCGUGCAGAUGCUGAUUUCGAUGCCCAACAAGUGCUAACACCUGUUGAGAAAGCGAAAUUCGCAAUGCCUCCACCGCCGCCACCAUCCACACCAGUUCAAACUCCACAGCCAACGUCGGCGGCAAUCGCCGCAGCGCCCGACACUGAGGAUGACGAGGCGAAUUCGGAAAAAUGGGAAGAUCCUUGUGCGCCACCACCGCCGCCCCCAUUGCCCAACAAUGCAUUGGCAACUGGUCAGGGCUAUGCCAAACUGACCGCCAUUAAGUUAAAAGACGCUCUGGAGGAGGCCAUUACAAAAAUGGAGAUCCACAAGCGAGAGCAGCACCGGGCGAAUUUCGAUUCCGUACCAAAUAUGUUGGAUGAAUUGAAAACCGAUGCUGUCCAAAUGUCGCCUACAUGUUCAGUUAAAAGUACUAUCAAUCCGUCCACACAAGCCAUUAUCGUGCAUCCGAAGUGCAACAAGCCCGCUGUCAUACGCAAACUGGAAAGAAAGAUGAAAGUUGGCAAAUUGCUGGCCAAGCAACGUCAAGCUCCGCAUGCGGUCAUAUCCAAAGAGGCCAUACCCUUGCCACCAGCAGGAACAGGAACAGCAGCAACAGCAGGGAUUGCUCAUGAUGAUGAAAGCCAGGGUUUAAUGACUUUGCAGGUGCUGUCGGCACGCGCCUCCACGCCUUAUACUCAGCCAACGAGCCUGUUGUCCUGUGACUUGCACCUGAGCCCGCCACCAAAUGAUGCCAAGACAGCUGCCAAAAAAUCGCUGCCUCAGAUGGCGUUACCACAACAACAACAGGCGGCAACACAAAAAACACGCAGCAUCUCGGCAACAGCUGUCUCGGGCAGUCUGCGUCUGCCCAAGCUACGCAACACACAAUCGGCUGUGAUAUUACCCAGUCCCAAAAUGGAUACACCCAUGCAGCAUUAUACGCGUCAGCAUUUGUUGGAUAUACGGAAUUCAAUGGUACAUGCACUCAUGCAUCGCUCCAAGGAGUCUCUGACCUUUACUAUGCCGCGCAUCGCCACCUGCGAUGACAUUGAACUGGAGGGUCGACUGCGCCGCAUGAAUCUAUGGCGAAACGUGGACUCGGCACCCAAUGCUCGCAACGGCAACAGCUUUAAACCACGUGUAAAUCUCCAUAAUGCCAACGGCAGCAACGAGUGCAUGCCCGCCUUCUAUAAGAAUAAAAAUAAACAACAGUUGAUCACCGAUGAGUCCAUCAUACAGAGCCAGCCGCCACAACCGCAGCAGGAUUUUCAGGAUCCGGCUAUUGUUAAUCAAAGACGCAUCGGCAGCGGACGUCUAUCGCAUACGAAAUGGUCUUACAACAACAACGACUACAAGUCCGUGCAAUCGUACAACAACAACAAUAAUCAUCAGCUGAAAGCCAUAGGAAAAUCUCACAUGGAUGAUAUAGAGCAUCAUAACAAAAACUCCAGCAAUAUGACGGUGUUAAAGUUCUUUGAUAAUGGCGAGAUCAGCAGUACGCAAUUGAAUGGCACAAAGCAGUCGAGUGGCCGACCAAAUACGCCCAUAAUGGGCAUGUCCAACAACAAUCGGUCGGAAAACGAAAGCUUGAAAUCAAAUGAAUCCGUCGAGGAUCUGAAUCGAGCCAACGAGAAUUACGUAAAGCGUGUCAUGUCUGGCUUUUUGGUCGUCUCCAAGCCAAAAUCUCGCGAUUCGGAGGAGCGACACUAUCGUCGCUAUAGAAACCAAAAUGAGGAGCCGGAGUGGUUUAGCUGUGGUCCCACCUCAAGACUCGAUACAAUCGAAUUAUGUGGCUUUGAUGAGGAUGAGGAGAAAAUGCUCAAAGAGGGAAAACACGCCACCAACGAUGCAAAUAGAGAACCCAUCAUGCAAAAGCACAAAAUCGAACAUAGCAAAUACAAAUGGCAACAUCCUGACACUAUUGGCCGCAGCACAAGCAGCAGCAACGGCAACAUUGCCGGUAAAUUUAUGCCAAAGAGCGACAGCAAUAACAACAACAAUGCAUCGGAGAACAUGAACAAAGUGAACUCAAGUGAGCAUCCGCAGCAGCAGCAGCAGCUACAAAAGGAUGAGAAACGAUAUGGCAAUCGUGCGCCACAGUUUAAUAGCUUCAAUCACAAUCAAAAGACAUUUGAUAAUAAUAGCUAUGCACGCACCGAAGUCAAUUAUCAGCAGAAACAUCAACAACAGCAGCAGCAACAGCAGCAGCAGCAUGCGUCAAACACAAACAACAACAAUUCAAAAUUCAUGUCCUUUUUUGCACGCGAACGUCAGGAGAAGAAUGGCUCAUCCUCAUCACUGAAUGAGUUCUUUAAGCAGGCCAUGAGCCAGACCAACAUUGGCAACAACAAUAACAACAACAACAAUAUCUGCAACCAGAACUUGGAGCAGCCCAAAAGCCUCGGUUAUGUUAAUCAAAUGCCAUCCGUUGAUCAGCUCGAAGCCAAAUGGCGUCGCAAUUCGCUUGGUAAUAUGAACGAUGUACCAGCUGCAGGAGCAGGAGCAGGAAUAGCAGCCCAGCCUAUCAACAAUAACAUAAACAAUAAACAAUCAGAUAGUUUCCAAAAAUUAAUUGGUGCUCUAAAUGGUGCCAAACCGCAAAUAGUGCCGCCCCAGCUGCCGGCACAGCAGCCGCCAGUCGGCAACGAUGCCAUCUCCAAUUUUAUUAUACAACAGCAACAAUAUCAGCAGCAACAGCAGAAGCAACACGUGCUCAUCCAACAGCAGCAACAGCAGACCGCCUUUCUGGCCAGCCUUCAGCUGAAGGCCAUACUGGGACGCGCCGAUACGCAACUGUUGUUACUCCGUCUGACCAAAGGUGAAAUUUCUAAGCAUGGACUGCUGGUGCAGUUGGCCAAUCCGCGCUUAACCAACAUGGAUCGCGAGGCUAUAACGGCUGUGCUGCAGUUCACCAAUACGCAGCAGCAGCAACAACAGCACCAACAGCAGCUGGAGAUGCUAUCGAGUACAGUGAUUGCCAGUCAGCUACAGAAUCUACACAAUUUGGCCAUUGUCCAGCAGACGCUUGCCGCGCGGCAGCAGCAGCAGCAGCUACAACAGCAGCAGCAGCAGCAGCAGCAACAACAGCAGCAAGCGCUUCCGCAGCAACUAUCACAGGAGGAUCUGCAGGCGCAUGCCAACACCAUAAUGCGCAAUGCGGUCAUGAAGCGCAAAAUGGAGGAGCAGACCUCAAAGCUGCUCAACAUGAAUGCCGCCGCAGCGGGCAAACAGCAGCCCAUGCAGCAGCAGCAAGUGCGCGGCCAAUUGCCGGCCAUGCAUGGGGCACGAACUGGACGCCAGGAGACAUCUUCAAAUGCAUUGCUGAAUUCGCUUAUCGCUGGCAAAAACCAUUCGGCAGCUAACGGGAUCAUGAUGCAAUCCCAACAGCAGCAACAGCAGCCAGUUGUUGCCGCCAAUUCACGGCAUACUGACGCAGCUCUGCGUUUCGCAGAAAACGCAAAUUUGCAAAUUGGUGAAUUGGCCCAGCCUGCGGGACAGUAUCAAUCAUAUGCACAGACACAACAACAGCAACAUCUGCAAUACGCAGCACAGCAAAUGCGCCAACAACAAAACAAUCAGAACAACAACAAUAAUAGCAACAAUAACAAUAAUAUCAACAACAACAACAACAACAACAUUAACGUAAACACAAAUAAUUUUAACAAACCUCAAAUUCAAUCACAGCAGCCGAUGGCAAUGCUCACCAGCGGCAGCGGCGGAGAUGAGCUUCAUUAAACAAUUUGCCUCAACGACUGUCGGCAUGAUGGCCAUCGCCAUCGGAUCCACGGCUGUCGUAUAUUGCACCAAUCGUUUUUUAAUUAAA